AUGAAUUCAGAAUCCGAUCUGCGCCACUCGAUCUCACUGCGGCCGCAUCCGUUUCCGACCCAGGCCAGCCAGGCCGCUCGAGCCGAUCGGACGGAAUCUCCUAGGCCGGAAUUCAUCGCGUUGACGCCCGUCGACCACCCGAGUACACCCGAGCCCACCAACCACAACAAGAACGGCACCAGUACCGCAUUCGAGCCUGUGACGCCUCCCGAGCGCCAGAGCCAGGAUCCGCUGUCGCAUAGGAACGCCUCGCGCUUCACUAACGAAACCGCCGACGUCGAGCGCCAGCCCACCCUGCCCUCCUACGACCGCGCCAACGAUCCCUUCAACCUCGCCGAUAAGAUCAAGCCCGCCCAUGAGCUCGAGCAGAUCCGUGCCAAUACCUCCCGCAAGCGCGAUGGCUGUGGUCCGCUCGUCACCAACAAGAAGGCCUACCGCGCCCGCAAGAUUGAGGCCUUCUACGAGAACCAGAACGAGAACAUCGAGCGCCUGCUGAAGCCCGUGUCCGAGCAUGUCCGCCAGGCCAAAGAGGAAGAAGGCGCCGACAACCUGCAGUUCAAGAUUGCCGUUUGGGGAUCAUUCGCCGCCAACAUCUGCCUUGUCUGCCUGCAGUUGUAUGGCGCCAUCUCGUCGGGCUCGCUGUCGCUGUUCACCACCAUGGCCGAUGCCAUCUUCGAUCCCAUGUCUAACGUCACCCUCAUCCUAGCUAACCGUGCCGUCAAGCGCGUCAAUCCCCUCCGUUUCCCUUCGGGCAAAGCCCGCAUCGAAACCGCCGGCAACAUCUUCUUCUGCUUCCUCAUGACCUCCGUCUCUCUGAUCAUCAUCGUCAUGGCCUGCCGCGAGCUGGCCGAGGGCCACAGCGAGGACACGCGCAGCUUCCACCUGCCGUCCGUCAUCGCCGUGGCGGCGGCCUUCGGCACCAAGUUCGUGCUGUUCCUGUACUGCUGGGCGCUGCGCAACAAGUACAGCCAGGUGCGCAUCCUGUGGGAGGACCACCGCAACGACCUGUUCAUCAACGGCUUCGGCGUGCUGACGUCGGUCGGCGGCUCCAAGCUGCGCUGGUUCAUCGACCCUGCCGGCGCCAUCGUCAUCUCGUGCCUCAUUACGUUCUUGUGGAUGCGCACCGCCUACUCCGAGUUCCAGCUGCUCAUCGGCGUCUCGGCCGACACGAGCAUGCUGCAGCUCAUCACCUACGUCUCCAUGACCCACUCGCCAGCCAUCACCGGCAUCGACACCGUCCGCGCCUGGCACUCCGGCCCCCGCCUCAUCGUCGAGGUCGACAUCGUCAUGAACCCCGACGACACCCUCCGCAACACCCACGAUGUCGCUGAGGCCUUGCAGACGAAGCUCGAGAGCUUGCCUGACGUCGAGCGCUGCUAUGUUCACGUCGACUACGAGACCUCGCACGCGCCUGAGCAUUUCUGGAAGAAGGAGCUCUAA